GGGAAGAGAAAAAGCAGGUACAUUUCUGUUGCAGGCAUUCUACAGGUGCGCAGCUAAUUAAUGAGAAACACGGUCCUGCUCAUUGUCGUGGUACAGAGUGCUGUUUCGUGGGACGAAACACCACCAGAGCUACCCCGCCAUGGCCUUUGUGGUGGCCAGCAGAGGAUCUUCGGCUUCGAGCUAUGACUUUCGUGCAGGCUAUGUCGCACAUCCCGAGAUGUUGCAAGCAUGAGCACGAGCAUCCAUACCACCCCCAGAUAACGAUAAAGACCGGGGCAUAUCCGAGAGGCAUAAGAGCGAGCAAUAUCGAGAUUCGAACAGGGCCCCACGGCCCCUCUCCUCGACCUGAUCACAACGGCCGAGAGUUUCAUGCAGCACCACCUGGCAGCAAGGACUCUGGUCACUCAAUUAUUGACAAGUUCUAAGUAUUGGGCACCGGCUCGCGGUCUGACUGUGGGAUUAUCAAGCUGUGGGGGCUUGAGCAUGGAGGAUUUGUGAACGCCACAGCCUGGAACCCCUCAUCUCCAGUGUGGAGGGCGCUGAACGCCUCCGAGGCCGUAUCACACCGGAACAGGACGCAGGCGUCUCCAAUAUGUGAGCGCAUCUGAACGUUGUUCGCAGAGCCGUUUAGUUUUCGUCAGCUCGACAGCGUGGAACGAUGCGGAGCUCGAGCUCGCGGUUGUUGUUCGCGGGACGGGCCAGAU